AUGGAUCAACAAGAUUAUGAAAUAUGGCAAGAUGAUGAGAGUGUUAUUUCGUAUUACGCAACUCCACCAUCUUCUCCAAUGUCACGACAUUUUGGGGAACAUUAUGAUGAAUUUUACCAAUCACUUGAUCCAAUCCCUGUGAAUCGUUCUGGAAGAUUCGAUGAUAAUAUCCGUUCAUCAUUGCUGCCGUCCUCGGAUUCAAAUGUGCAGAAUCAAAAUCAGAGUGAUUCACAAAACCUUGAUGCGAUUUUUUCGACAAUGUCAAUUGGUGAUUACUCACCAAAAGAGCGUGAACACAAUGUUGGUAAUGAUCGCGGGUCCGGUGUAAGUCGGGACGUUUUUGAUCUGCAAACUUUACCUGUUAGUGCUUUAUCAUCCGGACAAAUUUCCCACAAGGAACAUGAUUCAGCUACAGUUGAAACUGAUCUAAUUCAAUUUCUUGAUAGGGAUCAUAACUCAACUGAUGGUCCCUCAAAUAUCAAUGAAAUUAAUGCUGGUAACGCAAGUCAACCGAUAAUACAACCGCAUCAACCGAUACUCCAUAGAGUAGAUAAUGAUAUCAGUGUAAAUAGAUUAGAAACACCAACUUUGUAUCAAAGGAACAUACAAAAUUCACAUCUUUCGCAAGUACAACCACAAUCCUCACAUGCGCAACCACAGAAUAAUGGCAUAUUUAAUUUUGGGAUAGAUGAUGCAUUUCUACCCCAAUCACGAGAACCAGAAGUUUUACAGCCAACGAAAACGCCACAGAAUCUUCUGAAAAAUUCUGAAAAAAGCAUGCAUCAAGUUCAUAAUGAAUUAAUAAAGAUUGAUAUUAUCCAAUGUCAAUUUAUAUAUAACGGAAAACCGCCGUCAUCACUUAAGGCACGUUAUCGUGGAGACUUAGCAUUCCUAUAUAGAAGUUAUGAUAAUUAUGUAGGGGGAGGAGACGUUUCGAUAUGCAUUGAAAGUAUGUCAAUUGAAGCCGCGAUUCCAAUAAGUCAGUUGUGUGGAUUUAAGAUCACGAACGAUGGAAAGAUCAAUUUGAAAUUUAUAUUAGAUUUUCAAGUGAAUUAUCGUCACCAUCUUGGCGGUUAUCCGUAUUUAUUGGAGCCCACAACACUUAAAUCGGACCCGACGGAUGGUAAAUUUGAUAAAUUGCUGACCGCAUUUUUGACAUCUUAUGAUUCUGUGGAGCCAUCAAAAUUAUAUACUAUUGAGACAAACAUUGAAACGCAGUGGUUUCGCAGGCACGGUUUAUACCUCACUUGCAUAUUCCCAACCGAAAGACGUGCAAUGGCAUGCCCAACUGAUUCAUCGCUUCAUAAAUUAUGCCUGGAUCUUGAAACCAGGUUUAAUCUCAGGUCGUCUAAGUUGAAUCUCAGAUACAAAAAUAAGAAUGGCGAGUUAAUCGGUUUGAAAGAUGAGAAUGAUUGGGUGUUGGCAAGAAGAGAGGCUUCAGGGAAAUCCUUGUUGAGAUUAGAAAUUCAUAUAUGGUGA